GCAGACGUGCGCGUCUCGCGGAGCGCCUCAGUCGCGGGAACCGAGAGCGACCAAUCAGGUGCUCCUCAGGCUGCACCAGCUGCUCGUUAGUCUUCAUUUACCUGUCAAUCUGAGAACAUCUAGAGAUCCUCAUGCGGUCAUGAGAUUCACGCACGACAGGUGAAGUAAGUUCGUCGUCCAGGGAGUAUUCGGGACUUUCCGGGAGUACUCGGACAAAAACGAUAUCGUUCCCCGAGUCCCGUUUCACUUUUCGCUAUCGACUUCGUUCGCACGUGCAAAGAACACCCGAGUCGCGAGAUCAUGUCGCGGAAAAAGGCGCUCAAGGGCGCUAAGGGGGCAUCAAAGAGCCCCAAGGCGUCGCCCUGCAAAGACGGCGUAGGGAAAAGUGGCAAGUGUGCCGUCGCCGUGUCCGGCGGCGCGGUGCACCCCAGCGCGCCGUCCAUCAGCACCAGCGGGGGGUUCUACGACGUCGCCUUCAAGGUGAUGCUGGUGGGAGACUCCGGCGUGGGGAAGACUUGUCUGCUGGUGCGCUUCAAAGACGGAGCCUUCCUCGCAGGCAGCUUCAUCUCCACUGUGGGGAUCGACUUCCGGAAUAAAGUCCUGAAUAUCGACACGAUCAAAGUCAAGCUCCAGAUUUGGGACACAGCUGGACAGGAGCGAUUCCGCAGCGUCACACACGCUUACUACCGCGACGCCCACGCCCUCCUCCUCCUCUAUGACGUCACCAACAAGGGCUCCUUUGACAACAUCAGGGCGUGCCCCUCCAACACCUAG